CCAGUAGCUUAGUUUUACAGACAUACUGCCCUUGCCUUCGCUGGCCAAUUGGACGUGUUGGUGAUGAUGGCAUGUGUCCUUCAAGCCACCACCGCGGUGCCCAUCGCCUCCAUCGACGUCGGUGGCCAUUUCGGCUCGUUGUACGCGCUCUGUCAUGAGUGGCACCUAGCAGCUAGCCGCCCUGGGGGCUCGCGGGGGUGCUGCUCUGCGAUUGGGUGGCAACCGAUGGCUUCCGAAGAGCCGGCCCACACCAUGAAGGCUGCGGAUGGCGUGGGCGUCAUGCCGUGGGAGGCGUCCAUGGAGGAGUUCUUGCCGCCCCGGGGGCAGCUGGGCGCCGCGCUGUCCGGAGCGGUGGGCGGCCCGAUCGUGGUCGGUUUGUUGACGCCCCAGCGCAACGCCAUGACGUUGGCUGCGAAGGAGACGAGCCUGAGCUACUUCGGACUCUAUAGCCAAGUCUUCAAGGAUGGCUUCUCUUCAGGUUUCCGUGGAGGCUCUAGGCCUGUGUUGGCUGCGAUGCCUCAAUUCACAGCAAUCGGGCCUGUUUAUUUGUUCGCAGAGAAAACUACUGGCAGUUCUGGCAUGUCUAUGUUCUGCGCUUCCAUCGUCGAGUCUCUCUUCACUUUUGCGCCUCAAAGCCGUAACGCCCAGAUCCAAUACAACGCCACUAGGUCGUUAGAAGCCGAUAAGCUUCAGCUGCACCCAGCCAACCGAUUAGCGGGUGCUGGCUUCUCGUGUCACGUAGGGCGGAAUUUCUUUGCAAUGAUGGGGAUCCGGAUAUUCUCCCCGCACAGUCUUGAGGUUGUGAAGCAGAUUCCUGGCACAGGGCAGCUUGGCGAGGAGGGGAUAGUUGUGGCUUCUGACCUGCUUUCCUCUAUCAUUUCAGCGACUCUGUCCAUGCCCUUCAAUCACAUAUUCUCGUGGUCUGCUUGCACCCCAGCCCUUGACAGCAUGUCCUAUACCCAACGCGCCCGGGAGUCCGUAAGCUUUCUCGUCAACAACUACAUGGAGCAGGGCUUGAGACUUCUGGCCAGAGAUCUCGCAGUUCGCAUCAGCUACACGGGCCUGCUCUUCACGGGUUACCGAUACGUGGAGCGGAAGAUGGUCAAUGUUUGAGGUUGGGCGCGGAGUUCUGGAAGACAGUGCGAGCCAUCCAGCAGUGCGCUUGCUGACCUUCAGGCGAUGCCAGGGCCAUGCUGCUGCGUGUCCACCCCUUCUGGCCAGGCGUUUCGGCAGAUGCGGCUGGCCAGCUCGUGCCCCUGGGCCUCAGCUUUGUGGGGCAGCUGCCCAUUAGACGGGGCUAAGACGAGGAUAAGUCCGUUCCAGAGCGUUCCGGAACGCUCUCAGAACGCUCUGAAAAGGCUGCGGCGCCCAAUACAUCCUCCAGAUCCGCCGGAUCUCAGAAAUUCUCGAUCUAGCCUCACCCAAAUUUAUCCCUGUCCCAAAUUUAUCAGCUGUUUGGGCCGGCUGCCCCGAACUCCAGGCAGCCGUGCCGCGGUCUGCCACAGUGCGGCCUGCAGGGGCACCGGACAGAGUUGCAAGUCUGGCAGGUCGGGGAGAGUCGCUGGCUCUGCGCGAGCGCCUGCGCGGGGACGGGAGGGCGGAGCUGGCAGCCGCACGGAUCAAGCAGGAGGACGAGAUUUGGGAAAGAGCGGCAGCUGCUUAGAGAGCGCCCGUUUUCACCCCGACAUGUUCCAAGCCACCAGCACUUGGCACCUGGGCAAUCAGGCUGUCCUCUGACGUGUCGGGAGAGUAGACGGGGCUGGACCAAAGGUCGUUCCUCGCCCUGCCCUUUGCACUCAAACGCUCAAACGCUUAAAGUCCAGGUCGACCAGCGGCCCUACCUGUACAAAAACAGAAACCGUUCUCCUCCAGUGCUCCCAGCAACCGUAAGAGCCAGGAACAACCUCGAAGGGGUAUGGGUCAAACCCAAGGCGGCGACGAAGCACUGCCGAGGGAGCCAGGGGUGGGGGAGCUUGUGUCCACUACCCCUGGUAGAAUCCCUCUCGUGAGCCUCCCCCCUCCCCCUCCGUUCGCUCCCUCCUUUUUCCAAGCGUUGCAUCGCGGAGCCGCCUCCCCGUGAGCUGGGAGGCCGGCGCUUGUCGCGUGGCGGGUUGGAUGGGCCGGGCCUGGAGCGCGGCGAUCGCUCCUGGAGGUGCCAGACAGCUGGGCCGGGCGCCUCGGGCCUCGGCCAUUCCGCUCCAGGCGCAAGCAGGCCGUUCAGGUUUUCGCCGAUGCGUGCGAAAUGCGCGGGAUGCGUAGCGCGGCCGCGGGGCCGGGCCACGGCAGUCCAACGGCCAACGAUGAUCUAGUACAGCGCGUUGGGUACAGCGAGCAUACCGUCCGAAAUGACCGCCUUCAUUAUUCUGCUUAUCCACAUCGCGCGCGUGCGCGUCUCUGAGAUUCCCGCAUCCCUCUC